AGUUUUUGCAAUUUAUAGAAGAAGUUUGUCCCUGGUUCCCUGAGGAAGGGACAAUUGAUUUAGAGACAUGGUUAAGAAUGGGUAAAAAGUUACGGGAUUACUAUGAUGACCACGGACCUACUAAGGUUCCGGCAGAUACUUUUGGGCUUUGGACUUUGAUUAGAGAUUCUUUAGACCCUAGGCAUGAAAGAGAUCAGAUUAAAGAACAAAUGUCACCUGUACUUAAAACAGAAAGUGUUCAUGAGUAUGACGAAUCUGAGGCUGCUCGGGUUGUGCCUUCUGCUCCUCUGAUGCCUCCCCCUCCUUUCGACUCCAUUUUUACUGAUGAUGGGGAGGAGGCCGCUAGAUAUUAUUCGCCUGAUGAAAAUUCAGCUCCACUUGUAGCUAUUGGAGGCGUUGCCCAACCCGCAGUACCAGAUAACAUUCGUAGAGAAAUAGAUCAGCUUGAGCGCCAACUUAAGCAACUUACUGUGCAAAUAAACAGGAAACAGGGAGGCGAUAAACUGCUGCAACUACCUCCUAUGGACACUCAGAGUAAAAAUCUGACUCCAGAGGAUUUUUCGCAUCCUCUACAUCCCACAGUUAUAGCUGGUGUGGACCCUCCUCCAGUGAAAUUUAAGGGCUUAAAUUCUGAAGGACAACUUAUACCUGCACUUAAGGUCCCUUAUUCUGAGACUGGCUUACAGAAGGGGCUUAGAAUAGCUGCAGCUAAUGGAGACAAUAUCGGAGAUUUUAAAAUGGCUUUUCCAGUAAUAGAUCAGCAUGAUCAACAAGGGCAAAGCACCAGGGGACAUGAGCCUUUACCUUUUAAGGUAUUAAAAGAAUUGAAAACGGCUUGUGCUCAAUAUGGAGCUACCGCUCCGUUUACCUUGGCUCAGGUGGAAGGACUUACGGCUUCUGCCCUGACGCCUUGGGAUUGGAGAAUUGUGGCAAGAGCUUGCUUACCUGGUGGGGAUUUUUUAUUAUGGGAUACUUCUUUUAGAGAGCAUUGUGAAAGGACUGCCAAAUUAAACAAGGGAGCCAAUAACGGAAUUACUUACGAUAUGCUUGCUGGUGAAGGUCCAUAUAAAGAAAAUGUAAACCAAUUAACUUAUCCUGCUGGCGCUUAUGCCCAGAUCAAUACUGCAGCUAAAGAAGCUUGGAAAUCCCUACCUUGUAGUAACAGAAAGACUGAAGAAUUAUCUAAGAUUAGGCAAGGACCUGAUGAGCCUUUUCAAGAUUUUGUUGAUAGAUUGUUGAAUGCAGCAGGUCGGCUUAUCAGUGAUCCCGAGGCCGAAACUAUUCUAGUAAAAAUAUUAGCAUAUGAGAAUGCUAAUUCUGCUUGUCAGGCCGCAAUUAGACCUUUUAAAAGGAAAGGGGAUCUUAAAGAUUACAUCCGACUUUGCUCGGACAUUGGGCCCUCUUAUACCCAAGGAAUAGCCAUUGCUGCAGCACUGCAAGGAAAAUCUAUUAAGCAAGUAUUAACAGAUCCUGUACUAAUAUGGGGGCGAGGGCAUGUUUGUGUUUUUCCGCAGGGAGCUGACGGAGCACGCUGGUUGCCUGAACGACUAGUGCAGCAUGCCGAAAAUGAACAUCGAGAUUAUUCUUCUGAUGGGAAUACUGAUUAAUCCAACAGCUUAUGCUGCAGUGCAUUGGGCUUACAUCCCAGAUCCUCCGGUACUACAUCCAACUGUUUGGUCUGGGCCACAGAUCCAGGUUUUUUCUAAUAACUCUAAACUUUUAGGAUUGCCAUUAGCCAUGGAACAGCAAUCAGCAAUAGGACUACCUAUUUGUUUUCUAUUCAAUUCUACUUCCCAACCUGGGUGUUUGAAUAUCACGGAGCAGCCUUAGCAUAAGAAAGGAGGAGCUGUUAUGCUUGGGGCUCCUGAUGGCGAAGCU